UGAUGUUGUAACGUAUGUACUUGUGUUCCUACAAAUAUCUGCUCCAUAUUUUUAACCCACAUGUUAUUGGAAUGGACAAUAUGUGUCCACUACUACUAGCAGAUCUUGCAAAUCUGCUAAAUCAUUCAUAUUAGUUAUAUUUCCUAAAAAAUUAGGACGGAGGCAGAAAAAAUCUGUGCCCAAAUUACCUCGACUCUCUCGCCAGAUGGCGAAAUUAUUCAAAAAUAUCUCGGAAAUACAGAUUCCUCGAGUGGAAAAGGUCGUCUUUGAUAACCGCAUCAAACGUAAAAAUGUCUUGGCACUAAAUGAAAAAGUUGCCGCCAUACGUGAAUAUGAAAAACGACCGGUUUACAAACGUAUAGGACGAAUGUUUCACUGCAGUCCCGAUCAAAUAAAACGUAUAGUCCAGCAAAAAGAUGCAAUAUUAAAUGCCUGGGAACAGAGAACACGUAAGUGUCGAGAUGCCAAGACAUUGGAAAUGAAAGUGGUGAAGGUGUCAAUGUUGGGAAAGGCCGUCUACGAAUGGAUACGACGUAUGAUGUAUUACAAGGAUAUUUUAAUAACAGAUGGCCUCAUACAAAAGAUAGCCCUACAGUUUAAAAGUGCCAUGGGAUUGCAGAAUUUCUUUCCUCAUCCGGAUUGGUGUAAUAAAUUUCGUUCUACUUAUAAUAUUGCUACAUGCGAUAGUAAAUUAUUAAAUAUCGGCUAUACACAAGGACAUUCGGUGCAAAUAAAGGAUGUUAUGAAAGAUGUUUUAUCCGAAUGUUCACCAGAUCACGAGGACGGCGCUGAUGAUGAUGGCGACGAUGAAGUGGAAUGUCUUGAUGAUGUUGACGAGGAGGAAAAUGGUAAUUGUGAAAAUGAUUGCAUCAGUAUACACAGUGAUGAAGGAGAGGUGAGAGUAAAAACAAAAUUAAGAAAGAAAAUAACAGAUAAAAAUGAACGUAAAGCGAACAAUGAGGUGGUCAACUCCAAGCCAGUACAAAUAAUGCCUCAUGCUCAAUUGCAGGGCUUAAGACAGUUGGUGGCACUACCCAUACCAGCAAAUGGUAUGCCAGGCCUAUCUCAAAAGGUUUUAGUAGCUACUCCCAUUGUAGCGCCAGGACAAAGACAGGGUUCAGCACCCAUGACCAUGACUAUUAUACCAUUGGCUUCUUUAGCUCAGCCAUCAAAUGCAGUAAAUACCUCUACCACUAUAGCUGCAGUAGCAGCCGGUUCCUCCAUCUCCCCUAAGAGCAAUAAUAACUGUAGCAAAGAUCAACCAGUUGUGGUGCCGUCGCCAAUGCUAGAAAUUAAAAAGGAAAUCAAAGAAGAACCCAAAGAUGAUGAUAAUAUAGUAGAAGAAAAGCGAGAAGAGGAAGUUAUAAAAAUUAAGAAGGAAUAUCUAACCGAUGAUGAAGAAACUACAGAUACACCAACAAAACAAAGGACAACACCAACUAUACAAACUAACACACCCACACACAUUGUCGCCAUACCUUUGGCCAAUAAGGAUAUGUUGGAAGAAUCUACAAAUGAUUCACUAGAUGAUCUAACGCUGUCUUCGUUAAGAAAACGCAUUAAAACCGAAGAACCUAAUGCCGAACAGAAAACAAUAGAAAUAAAUUCUUCCCCACCACCCUUGACUUCAAUACAAGCUGCAACAACAGUUACUAGAACUUCAGCUGAAAUCCCACCUAUGCCUCCUUUAACUAAAGCUCCUAUCCAAAGAAAUAACUCACCACCAACAACAUCAUCACUUAAAACACAUAUGAAUCCUGCUCCUACUAACUCAACGCCAACACAAGCACCUUCCAAUCGUUCAAGUCAUAAACGUCUAAGAUCAGACGAGGACCAGCAACCAGCAUUACCACCCAUACGUUCAUAUGCCGAAGGUAGAAAAUAUUUAAAACUUUUGGAAGAUUUUGCUUUAGAACGUGAAAAUUUCCGUUUAAUCGGUUUAAUAACAAGAGCCGAUGAAGUUUUGAGAGAAUUAGAUCGUAAGGAGAACAAUGAAGACGAAGAUGUUGAUAUAGAUUAAUAAUGGUGGUUAAUAUUAUUAUUAUUACUUUAACUUUUUAUACCAAAAAUGAAAUACCAAAGUGUGUUUAUUGUUAUUAUAGUUAUUUAAGUUAGUGAUUAAACUGAAAUAAAUUUAUGUGUAAAUAUAAAAA